UCAAUAACGCUUAUUGACUUAAUGGUGGCGGUUGCUCUUUCCUUUAUUACGAGAUAUUUUUGAAUGGUAGAACUAUACGGCUAUUCUUAUUACAUUUUUUAAACAUUGUUAGAUUUAUUUGUAUCAAAACAUUUUAGUAAUAUAUUUUAGCAAGUUUGUAAAACUAUUUCAUCAUGAUCAAUCCGGAAAUGAAGAUAGUUGACGAAGAUGUGGUUAUCUCUGGUAUAGGCGGUUAUUUUCCUCAAUCGACAAAUUUUGAGGAAUUUGGAAAACACCUUUUGGACAAUGAUAACCUAAUAGAAGAUAGAUGGAAAGAAGGUAUGAAAGGUAUUGUCAACAAAUUUGGUGUUAUUCAGAAAGAAUAUUUCGACAAUGCUUAUUUUGGAAUUCAUCGUCAACAAUGUACUUACAUGGAUCCCAUGCAACGUCUUAUUCUAGAAAGAACAUUCGAAGCUCUUAUAGAUGCAGGUGUUAAUCCAGUGGAAGUGAGAGGAAAACGAAUUGGUGUUUUUAUGGGAUCGUGUAUCGGUGAAAGUGACAAUCUCUUUAUGGAAUCUGUCGUCUCAGGUUUUGGAAUUGUCGGACAUUCCAGGGCUAUGAUGUCUAACAGAGUAUCUUACUGGCUCAAUUUAAACGGUCCCAGUGUUGCCUACAAUAGCAGCUGGAUUGGAGGUAUGGAAAUGCUUCGAAUGGCUUAUGAAUCUAUCAAGACCGGCCAGUGUGAAGCGGCUAUUGUAGGUACCGGAAAUGUAUCUCUGAAUAGUGAAAUUCAGUGGAUUUACAACGACAUGGGAUUUCUGUCUCCUGACGGUGUUACUAGAGCGUUUGAUGUCGAGGCUAAUGGCUAUGCUAGAGCGGACGGAGUGGUCGUGUUCUUCCUUCAAAAAGCUUCUGCCGCUAGAAGAUCUUAUGCUUCCAUUGAGCAUAUUGGAACUAGGUUCGAUGGUAAUGGCGAAGGAAAUAUUUUAAAUACAACUGUUCCAAAUUUAGUAGAGUUUCUAAAUGAGUUCUACGAAACAUCUCCAGUAAAACCGGAAGAGAUUCAAUUUUUAGAAACCUAUGGAUCAGGUUUAAAGGAUUUGGACGAAAAGGAACUUAAUGCUCUAGAUCAGGUUUAUGGUAAGAACAGUAAAGAACCACUUCUUAUUGGUUCUGUGAAAACAAAUGCUGGGCACAGUGAGGCCUCGUCUGUUAUGUUCUCAAUCGCAAAAGUUUUGGUAGCAAUGGAGCAUGAUAAGAUUCCAGCAAAUUUACAUUUUAAGACACCCAAUCCCAACGCUAAAGGUUUAGUGGAGGGAAGGAUGGAAGUUGUUACUGAAAACAGAGAAUGGAAACCAAAAUAUGCUGCUGUAAAUGCCUUAGGAGUAACUUCAUUUUACGGACAUGUAAUUCUAAAAGCAAACCAAAAAGAAAAAUCUAAAGUUACAGAUAAUUUUCCGAGGUUAGCCAUCGCAUCUACGAGAACCGAAGAAGGAAUAAAAGAUAUUCUCGAAAAAGUAAAGACGUAUGAAAAUGACGACGAGUAUUUUCAAUUAAUGCAAGAACUUUUUGCAAAACCAAUUUUGGGCCAUCUAUAUCGCGGGUACACUUUGGUCGGAGCGUCUGAACCAAAAGAAGAAUUUGUAUAUCAUCAAGGAACAAAACGUCCUGUUUGGUUUGUAUACUCCGGAAUGGGUUCACAAUGGAAUAGUAUGGUCAGUGAUUUUAUGAAAAUUCCUAUUUUUGCUUCUGCCAUUAACAAUUGCCAUAAUGUUCUGCUUCCAAAGGGUGUAAACUUACUAGAAGUUAUUUCCAGUGAUGAUAAGACAAUAUUUGAUAACAUUCUUAAUUCCUUUGUUGGUAUUGCUGCUAUGCAAAUUGCUUUGACGGACUUGCUAAGAGCUAUUGGCAUUGAACCAGAUGGUCUCAUUGGCCAUUCUGUAGGAGAGUUAGGAUGCGCCUACGCCGAUGGUUGUUUAACUGCAGAACAAAUGAUAUUGAGUGCUUAUUCCAGAGGGCGCGCCUCUUUAGAUGCUGAACUUAUACCUGGAAUGAUGGCCGCCAUAGGUGUUGGUUACAAUGCUAUCAAAGAUAAACUUCCACCAUCGAUAGAAGUAGCUUGUCAUAAUGGUCCAGACAGUGCAACAUUAUCAGGACCGAGAGAAGAUAUGGAAAAAUAUGUAGCUACCCUUCAAGAGCAGGGAACAUUUGCCCGAUUAGUAAACGUAGCUAAUAUAGCUUAUCAUAGUAGAUACAUUAAACCAGCCGCGCCAUAUUUGUUGAAAUACCUUAAAGAUGUAAUUCCGAAUGCUGUAAAACGAUCGCCUAAAUGGAUAUCAACAUCUAAUCUAGAAAAAGACUGGAAUACUGAAUUGGCGGAACAUUCGUCGGCAGAGUAUCACACCAAUAACUUACUUAGCUCUGUCUACUUUGAAGAAGGUCUGAAGCACAUACCUAAGGAUGCUAUAUUAAUUGAAAUAGCACCUCACGGUCUUUUGCAAGCUAUUCUAAAACGUUCACUUAAAUCAUGUAUUAAUAUUCCUUUAACUCAAAGAGGAUGUAAGAGCGGUGUUGAAUUUCUUUUAACAGCGUAUGGAAAAAUGUAUUUAAAUGGUAUGGAUAUAGAAGUGUCAAACAUAUAUCCUAAAAAAGACUAUCCAGUGGGACGAGGUACACAUUCAUUGGCACCGAUUUGUCACUGGAGUCAUAUAGAAACGUGGAGAACUGGAUUUGAAGAUACUCUUUAUUCAUCUUCUACUAGAAGCGAUAUCGAAGUCACUUUGAAUAGUGAGGAGUUUAGAGAGUGCGUUGGUCAUCAGAUGAAUAACAAUAUUAUUUUACCUUCAAGUUUCUAUCUUAAUACUGUGUACCAGAUCAUGUCAAAUGUAAUUGGAGGUCAGAAGCAAAUAUUAUUUGAAAAUCUGCAUUUUAAGAAACCAAUUACUAUUCCUAAGAUUGGUUUGGUUUCUCUUCACGUAUUAAUAGAAAAGGGUUCUGGAGAUUUUGAAAUCACAUCCAAUGGCGAAAUUAUUGUAACGGGUAAAAUUAGUUUUCCACAACCCACUGACAAAUAUAUGGUUGAACCUGUUGAACUUGAAGUGUUAGAAAACUCUGUAGAACUUUCUAGUCAAGAUUUCUACAGCGAAUUGCAACACAGAGGAUACAAAUAUGAUGGAGCAUUUAGGAACAUUAAAAGCCUUACUCUUACUGAGGACGGUUCAUCUGCUGUUGUUCAGUGGGAUAACAGAUGGAUCAUAUUGUUAGAUUCCAUGAUGCAACAACAAUUUUUCAAGGUUGGAGAAAGAUAUCAAGAAGUUCACAUUCCCAAAUUUAUUCAAAAGAUUUGUAUAGAUCUGAACUUGGUACCUAGCAAACCUACUGAUUUGGCUGUAAAUUACGAAUAUUCCACCAAAGUUAUUUCAGCCGUAGGUUUGCAAAUCAUUGGUAUGAAAACCGCCCUUUUCGAAAAGGAGAGUGGAAAUGGUUACAUCGAUUCUCUAGAAUACGUUCCAUUAAAUAAAAAUAUCUCUUUAAAUAUAGAGGCAGGUAUUUACGUGGCCCUACAAUUACUAUUGGCAAACUUCUCACAAGAAUAUUUGACAGAUGUUGUAAUAACGGAGAUUGAAGCUGAAGAGUCUCUUUUGAAAUAUAUCAAUAAUGCCCUGACUCAAUAUCCUCAAUUAUCGUCAUCAGUAACGAGCCUUAAGGAUAUAAGUCAAAUAGCUAAUAAACAGGAGAAUCCAACAUUGAUUGUUUUCAACGAUUACAUAAAUGAUAAACUUGUAGAACUUUUGGUGGAAUCAAACUUUUUCCUCUUAAUUAAAUCAAAUAAGGAAAUAAUUUCGUAUCCAAAAGUUGUAUCUAUUUUUGAUUUUUCAUACAACGGUGAAAAUUAUGCAGUGGUAAGAAAGUCUAACGAUUCGGAAGUUAUAGUAGUGGCUGUAAAAGAUAAUACAUUAACAUUCAAAGACUUUAAAACGGCCUCAGCUCCUUGGGUCUCAGAACUAUACAGUGCUAUACAAUCUGCAUUGAUCAGCAAUAAGAGAGUAUUUUUGAUAUCAUCUGUCGUUCCGGUCGAAGGUUUUAGCAAUUUUGUUCGGAUGUUAAGAUCCCAACCGAAAAUGGACUGUUUGAGAGUUCUGUUUAAUUUAGAUACAAAUCUGAAAUUAGACCAAAACAAAAUUUUCAGGAAGGACUUGACAUUGACCGUUAUUAAAAAUGGCAUAUUUACAUCAUAUUUGCCAAUAUCAGUAAAAUUCAAAGAAAAUGCGAAUUUACCAACUAACACUAGUAAUCUGAUUAAAGACAGCGACACUACUGUUGCGUAUUUAGCACUAAACCGUAGUGACGAAACUCUGAAUGUUAUAAAUGAGAGAGAAGAAUUGGGAAUACUGGAUUAUUCUGGAGUAAACAGUGAAAAUAAGAACAUUAUGGGAUUAGCAGCUUUUGAUAAAGACAAUAGCAAGUUAAUAAUGGAUCCAAUAUUGAAAUGGGAGAUACCAAGUUAUUACUCUCUUGAGGAUGGUGCUACUAUUCCAUACGCGUAUGCUGUGGCUUCGUAUAUUCUUCAUGUAAAAGGUCAACUUAAACAUGGAGAUACGGUAUUGAUUCAUGCUGGAUGUUCUCCUAUUGGCAUGGCAACGAUCUCAGUGGCAUUAGGAUAUGGUUGUAAAAUAUUUACUACUAUAUCUACAGAUUAUCAAUAUGAAGUCAUUAGGAAACAUUUCCCAAAUCUAACAGAUUAUCAGAUUUUGAAUUCUGAGAAUUCUUCCUUUGAACCAUUUAUUAUGAAUUAUACUGGUGGAAAUGGCGCUAACCUGAUUGUCAAUUGUUUAUCUGGAAAUCUUCUUUCAUCCUCAUUAAAUUGUGUUGCUAGUUUUGGAAAGUUUAUCCAGCUAGGUCAAUACGAUUUGGAAGACAAUAGUAUAGGCAUGUACUGUUUUCUGAGAAACGUAUCGUUCUUUACCGUGGAUGUGACAAGUCUAUUACAACAAUCUGACGAUGUUAAACAAGAGAUACGUAAGACAAUCAUCGACGGUUUAGAAAACUACCUUAUAAGACCUCUAUGGAGAACCUUAUACGAAUCACAAGAUUUUGAGAAAAUUCUGCGAGAUCUGGGAAAAUCAAGUAAUAUUGGAAAAGCCCUUAUUGAAAUAAACAAUUUAUCAGUAAAUAAGCUGAACAUGAAAUAUCCCCAUCGAUUUAUUUGUGACCCUAAAAAAUCGUAUUUGGUAUAUGGAGAUUCAGCGGAUAGUUGGAUCGACAUGACGGAAUGGUUGGUUCUUAGAGGAGCAAAACGAAUAGUUAUUUCGACAAAUACCAAAGUCCAACAAAACUAUAUAAACCGGAGAUUGUCCUUGCUGGAAUAUAAUUUCAACUGCGAAUUAAUUUUUGCACCAGCCAAAGCGGGUACUCGAGAAGGAGCAGCCGAACUUCUUUCUGAAGUUUAUUAUCUUGGCCCUAUUCACUCUGUCUUUGUGCUACCAGUAAAUAAAAACUCCGAUGUGGGUUAUUUUAACGCUGUGCAACAUCUCGACAACGCCUUGAGGACAAUUGCUCCCAAAGCAAUAUUUGUCAAUUUUGUCAUUGCAGCUGCCGGUACUACUCAAAGAAGGGCAGAUGCAGGCUUCGCUACGUAUAACGUACAGUGCCUAGAAGACUUGGAAUUUAGUUAUAGUUUGGAAAAUUUGGACGAUGUCAUUUAUUAUAACGUAAAGAAUGCAUUCAUUAACAAUGCGCAAUUGGAUGAUAGCAAACAAGAAAGCCAGCAGGCGUUGUAUAAAAAGUUAGCUCUAUUAUUACCAAACUCACCUGAUAUAUUACACCAACAAUUUGAAGACGCCCCCAAAGUACCUGAAAUAGUACAAAUAACCACAGAAGGGCCAAUGGAAAUCAGAGAGUUGGCGCCCCUAUUUAUCAUUCCUGGAUUGAAUACAGAAGCAGAAAUUGAAAAAUUCGCAAGACAACUAUUUGUACCAGCCUUCUGUGCGGUUUUACCAUCAGAUCCAUAUAAUGUUAAAGAUUUAGCUGAAAUAUUUACAGAGCAAAUAUAUAAAAUUUGGCCAAGAACCUUCUUCAAUAUUGUUGGAGUAUCUUGGGGAGGAGUUUUAGUAACCGAAAUUGCUAGGAUAUUGGACAGACGUUAUAAAGCUAAUAUAUACGUUUAUUACAUUGACGGAGCACCAUUUACUCUACAGUCCACAAUUAAACUUUUAGGUUCUGGAGUUGAUUUUGAAGUCAAUUUAUUGAGUAGAAUUUUUAACAAUGAUGAUCCACAAGUGGUAUCAAAACUUCAGUCGGCUCCUGAUUGGGUAUCGAGAGUGAACUAUCUUAUAAAUAUUUAUAAAAACGAUGCCAUUGACAAUAACAUUCUUAAAGAGAGUAUUUCGUUGCUGAGAAACAGGUUGAUGGAUGUUAUAACUUAUGGACCUGAUGAACAUUUAGUUACUGGUACUAUUCAUCUCAUAAGAUCAACAGAUUGCAGUCAAUUUGAUAAUUGUGAAUUAACUUCGUACUGCAAACAGACACCCCAAGUUCUCCUAGUUCCAGGUGACCAUCUUACUAUAAUAAGUAGGCGAGAAACUGCAGAUUAUAUAAACGAAACCUUUCAGUUAAGAUGAGAUUAUUAAGUAAUGAUUUGGGGAAAAUAAAAGAGUAUAUGUCUUAAUA